CCAACGCUAAGGUAUCAACCUCUUUUACACUCAUACUCUCAAGGCCACUCAAUGCUUCUACACUUCUACGCCCACGGCCGGCGGUGACCAUGAAAUUACGAGUUAACUAUUGCGAUGUUCCGAAUCCUCGAAUCGCAGGCUCCGGCCAAACAAACGGCUACGGACACCAUCAAUACUCUCAGUAGUCGACUCCAGAGUGCCACUUUGUUGGAGGAUCGAAGAGCCGCCAUCCAAGGACUCAGAAGCUUUUCGAAAACUUACCCAGCUUCUGUUGCUUCGGGCGCACUGCGACCGUUGAUCAGUUGUUUGAGAAAUGACCGCGAAGAUGUGGACACAAUUAAGGUGGUCCUGGAGACCUUGUUGAUGUUGUUCACUCCCGACGAGAAUAGUCCCGAAGCGUCCGACGAAAUCGCUCUCUGGUUGUCAGAUGAAUUCACCCAGCGACAAGACAAUAUCACCGCGCUCCUCGAUCUGCUAGAUACACGCGACUUCUACUCUCGCCUCUAUUCCCUGCAAUUGAUGUUUCAGAUUUCUAGUGCGCGACCGGAAAGGACACAGGAGUGUAUUCUGACUGCGCCUCUGGGUAUCCCGAGACUCGUCAGCGCAUUAGGAGACUCUCGAGAGCCGGUGCGCAAUGAGGCGUUGCUUCUUCUCAUCGCGCUCACGCCAGCAUCGGAAGAAUUCCAGAAACUUGUUGCCUUCGAGAAUGCAUUCGAUCUUAUAUUCUCCCUGAUAGAGGCUGAAGGCGCAUUGAUUCAUGGGUCGGAAGUCGUUGAAGAUUGCCUGGCUUUACUUGCCAAUCUUCUACGGCUCAACAUUUCAAAUCAGUCAUACUUCCGUGAGACGGGUUGUGUCAAGCGACUAGCGAAGCUUCUUGCCGACGCAAAUCAAGACCAGGAGUCCGAAGACCAGACACUGCAAUGGACCUUCGCCCACCGUGAUAAAAAUAUAUGGGGACUGUUGGUCAUUAUCCAGCUUUUCCUUGUAAAGGGAGGAGUCAACACCCCCGCAAACCAGAUGGCUUACUGGAAUCAUGGCGUUAUGGAGCAGGUGCUUAGCACAGCUUUCGGCCAGAGAUUCAAUGUAAACGUGACGGCUAAGGCACUCGCAACAUGCGCAGACCUUAUCCGUGCAAACAAACCACUACAGGAAAGGUUCGGUGAUGUGGAGGUAGUCUGGGGCCCACAAGAGGCCAACAAUGCUGCUGCUAAUGGCACCAUGGAGGUCAAACAGACUCAACCGAUCAAUGUGAUCGAAGCUUUGCUCAAAUUGACACUAGAGCCUGCACCUAUAUCGCUACUAGAUGCACGUCUAGCUGCCUGUGAGUGUGUCAAGGCAUUCUUUGCGAACCAUUCUGGAAUCCGCGUUCAUGUAUUGGGUCGGGCGAUUCAAGGCCAUGUGAGCGGCGAAGACCAGAUUCCGAACAUUCUAUCCGUUCUACUCACCUCACCAGAGUCUCGUGGAAACGCUGAUCCUUAUCAAACCUGGAUGGCGGCUGUACUCAUGUAUCAGUUGCUUUGGGAGAACCCCGAAGCAAAGGAAAUCGCUAUGGGAGUGACCGAGGGUGAUGCUGAACAGGGCGAAGAAGUGGUCACCUGUAUUCAGACUAUAGUGGGAAACCUGAUCACCGGCUUGCAGCGCGGCGAUGAUGAGCGUAUCACCCUUGGGUAUUUGAUGUUGCUUUGCGGCUGGCUAUAUGAGGAGCCAGAUGCUGUGAAUGAUUUUCUGGGCGAGGGCAGCAGCAUUCAGAGUUUACUCCAAGAGGUCAAACAUCGUGGAAUCUCCAAUGUGCUUGUGCCUGGCCUUUGCACAAUCCUACUGGGAAUCAUAUAUGAAUUCUCCUCCAAAGACUCGCCUAUACCUCGCAAGACAUUGCACAAGUUGAUUCUCGAUCAAUUGGGGAGAGAACAAUACAUUGACCGGAUCACCCGGUUUAGAGAAGCUCCCUUGGUACGUGACUUCGAGGUCCUCCCACAAACAGUUGGAGCACAAUCCGAUGGCGGACUGCCGGAGAUCUAUUUCGAUCGGGCCUUCAUCGAAUUCUUGAAGGACAAUUUCAGUCGUUUAACUCGUGCAAUCGACCGAGAGCCCGAAUUGGAAAUAUCCAUCAUCACCAACGGUGUCGAAAGAGGUGUUUCACGUGAGCUAGUUGAUACUCUUCGAGCGGAAAUCGAAGAGAAAGGAAGUGUAGUACAGAAGCUGGAAGAGGACCUGCUUGCUUUGCAGUCAAAGUUUGAGCAAGAGCAAGCAGAACACCGAAAAACUCGAGAUUCUACUGCUGUAGAGUCCACCAAGUCACAGCAAGUUACCGAAUCGCUCAAAAGAAGCCACGAGAAGGAUAUUGCGGCGUUGAAGGAGCAGCAGAAGCGCGACCAAAACGAACUCUCAAGGAAGCAUGAGGAGCAGAUUCGAGCUUGCGAAAAACGCCUUAAGGAAACCGCAGCUGAUUACGAAAGGCAGCUCUAUCACGCCAAGAAGCACCAUGACGGCGAGGCAGCUGAUCUACGGAAGUAUAUCCGGUCUCUGGAAACAGACCUUGCUCGAGUUCGAGACCAGCAUGUAGGCGAGAUUGCUAAACUGAAGGCAACAAUUCAGAAAUUGAGUUCCGAGGCUGAAAAGAUCAAGGGGCAGCAUGUGGCUGAGGUUCUAGACCUCAAUAGCACGAUCCAAUCUCUGCAGUCGGGACUCGAAUCCAACAAAGAACAACACACCGCUGAAAUGUCUGAGUUGCAUAAGACAGCCGGCAAACUCCAGUCCGAGCUCGAGUUGAACAAGCAAAAGCAUGCAUCGGAGUUGUCUGACCUGAAUAAGACAAUCGAGGAGCUGCGGUCUCAGCUAGAAGCUAGCAAAGAGAAGCACGCAGAAUUGUCAGCGCAGAGCGAGACGAUUAGUACUCUCCAGUCCGAAAUCGAUGCACAGAAAGGAAAACACGCCGAGGAGUUAGAGAAGCAUGCAACUUCGCUGUCCGAGCUGCAGAAAACAGUUGAGGACCUCCAGUCGGGCAGCGGUGCCAACACCGAGAAGCACGCGCAUGAAGUGUCUGGCCUCAAUGACACAAUUCAGACUCUGAAGUUGGAUAUUGACAAGAUCAAGCAGCAACACAAGGCCGAAAUUGCCGAGCAUGAGACCACCAAGCAUGGGCUACAGUCCGAGUUGAAGUCGACCAUCGAGAAAUCUACGCAUGACCUGCAAUCCGCGCGCGAUGACAGCUCAGACAAACACGCUGCGCUCGAAAAGAGGAUUGAGAAUGCGGAGAGCGAGGUCGAGCAGGCUAAAGCGGAAGCUCAGAAGACGGCAGCAGCACUGGAAGCCGUACGAAAAGAGCUUGAGAAGGCCCGAUCCGAGGCCAGCGAGAAGGAAGAAGCACGCCAGGCGGCACAGUCCGAACUAGAAGAUCUUCUCAUUGUCUUUGGGGACCUCGAAGCGAAGAGAAACCAGGAUAAGCAACGCCUGAAGGAUCUCGGACAAGAAGUAUCUGAAGCGGAAGAUGAGGACGAAGAUGAUGAUGAGGAGGAGGAUGAAGAGGAUGAGUAGAUUGCAGCGUCGAGGAAGCUGAACUAUGCAUCAGUCCUUAAUGUCGUCGAUGAUAGACAAAAAUAAGAUCCCGUAGCUAUCCAUGAU